CCCAUAGGGAUCGCGGGCCGGCCGGCCGCGACCGAGCUGGGCGGGAGUCGGCGAGGCAGGAGCUAGGCCGGCCCGACAGCUGCGGCGCCGUCCUUGACAAAGACCCAUCGUUGAGUGAAGCUCUAGUGCAGUGUGUUCAUGCCAAGAUUUUAUAAGCGACAUUUUCAAACUAUGUGAAGAUCCGUUGAAAGAUUUAUUCUUCUGUGAUGGAGAAGUAUGAAAAAAUUGGGAAAAUUGGCGAAGGAUCCUAUGGAGUUGUUUUCAAAUGCAGAAACAGGGACACGGGUCAGAUUGUGGCCAUCAAGAGGUUUCUGGAAUCAGAAGAUGACCCUGUCAUAAAGAAAAUCGCCCUUCGAGAAAUCCGCAUGCUCAAGCAACUCAAGCAUCCCAACCUCGUCAACCUUAUCGAAGUCUUCAGGAGGAAGCGGAAGCUUCACCUGGUGUUUGAAUACUGUGACCACACGGUGCUCCACGAGCUGGACAAACACCAAAGAGGGGUACCAGAACAUCUUGUGAAGAGCAUAACUUGGCAGACAUUGCAAGCCGUAAAUUUUUGCCAUAAGCACAAUUGCAUACACAGAGAUGUAAAGCCAGAAAACAUCCUCAUCACAAAACAUUCUGUGAUUAAGCUUUGUGACUUUGGAUUCGCUCGGCUUUUGACUGGACCGAGUGACUACUACACAGACUACGUGGCCACCAGGUGGUACCGCUCCCCAGAGCUGUUGGUGGGGGACAUGCAGUACGGCCCCCCAGUAGAUGUUUGGGCAAUUGGCUGUGUCUUUGCUGAGCUGCUGUCAGGAGUGCCUCUGUGGCCCGGUAAAUCAGAUGUGGAUCAGCUCUAUCUGAUUAGAAAAACCUUGGGAGACCUCAUUCCUAGGCACCAUCAAGUAUUUAGCACAAAUCAGUACUUCAGUGGGGUAAAAAUUCCAGACCCUGAAGAUAUGGAACCACUUGAAUUAAAAUUUCCAAACAUCUCUUAUCCUGCCCUGGGGCUCUUAAAGGGCUGUCUCCACAUGAAUCCUGCCGAGAGACUGACAUGUGAGCAGCUGUUGCGGCAUCCAUAUUUUGACAGCAUCAGAGAAACAGGAGAUUUGGCAAAAGAGCAUGAGAAAUCAACAAGGAAGACCCUAAGACAGAGCCGAAAGCACCUGCCGCAGGUAAAAAUGGGGCACUGCUUUACAGAAGCAUCCAAGGUUGCAAUUUCAAAUGAGCUCAUACCUGCCACCUGGUGCGGACAGUCUGAAUCUAUACUUGAGGUGGCAAUUGUGGCUUGCAGCUCCAGCACCUUUAUUCCUGCAUGAGGACACACAGGUCACAAGAUCUACCAACCAGGGUCCCAAAGACAUCUUCCUGAUAAGGGCCCUUCUCCCAGAAUCCUAAAGGUGACCUUGCCCAGCAGCUCCCUGCUGCCAGCCAGGCGCCAGGGCUUUUGGUGUGCAUGAGCACAGGUCCCAGCCAGGGACAAGAAGUGUGCUUCUUACGCUUUGGAAAACGAAAUCAAACUUAUCCCGGUUAGCUCUGUGUCAUCAUGUUUACCUUCAGUAUUGAUUGACAUUCCAGGUUUAUCUUAAAAAGGAACUGUUUUCCUCCCUGAUCCAGUAAUCAUCAGAGUUGGCUAGUGUAAAUGUGGUGAUGAGUGCUUUCAGUGAGAGCAGCAGAACAGUGCAUUUAACCAGAUCACAGCAUCCAAGCUGCACGCUGGGAGCCUGUGGAGAACUGUGAUUGGUGUCAAGUGGCAGAAUGGCCUUACAUUAAGUGUCUUGUCAUAAGCCAAAAGCCGUAAUAAUUUAGGAUGGACUGUAGUUGGAACCACAAUUAAGAUGAGCUGGCUGCUCCUGGUUGCUUCUGGAUCUGCUCAGGUACCCCUUAAGCUAUAAAUUAUCUUGCCUUAGUCUUUCCCUUUGCAGCCUCCUCUGCCCAGUAUGCUGAGUGGCACCUGGGUGGUGUUUGUGAGGUUUGGAGAAGAGAAGAGGGUAGACAGUCCAUUAUGAACAGGUAUAGCAUGAAAGCCAGGGCCCUAAAAGACCAGAGUUACAAAAUUAAGAAUGCUUUUAG